CUCAAAACACACAGGGCUGAUUUCUCAGGUUUUGCUCUCGCAUCCAAUUUCUCUCAUCUUGCGCUAAAACAGAGGAGCAGAACCAGUAAUCAUGCCGAAGAACAAGGGAAAGGGAGGAAAGAACAGGAAGAGAGGUAAGAACGAGGCUGACGAUGAAAAGCGUGAGCUUGUCUUCAAGGAAGAUGGACAGGAGUACGCCCAAGUGCUUCGGAUGCUGGGUAAUGGGCGUUGUGAAGCCAUGUGCAUUGAUGGAACCAAGCGACUUUGCCAUAUCCGUGGUAAGAUGCACAAGAAGGUUUGGAUUGCAGCUGGGGAUAUCAUUCUUGUUGGGCUUCGUGACUAUCAGGAUGACAAGGCUGAUGUGAUCCUUAAGUACAUGCCUGAUGAGGCUAGGCUGCUCAAGGCUUAUGGAGAGCUUCCGGAGAACACACGUCUCAACGAGGGUAUUACUGGGGGUCUUGACGAAGAGGAUGAAGCUGGUGGUGAUGAGUACAUCGAGUUUGAGGAUGAAGAUAUUGAUAAGAUUUAAGGUUUGCAGAUCCACUCUUUUCCAGUGUUAUAUGUUAGCUUUACCGAUUUCGGGGUAUUGACAUCACUAUAAGUCGAACUUGGAUUGGCAGCUGGUACUUUUAUGGUUUUGUAUUUCCAGAUGGGCAAUUGAUCAUGUAUCAUGUAACAUCUGUUAUUAUUAAUAUAUGUAUGCUUGUCUCUUUUAUGAAUAAUGGUUCUGGUUUA